AUGGAUUUGAUGGAUAAUUAGUUUUAGCAAAAAUUCCAAUAAUUGUUAAAACUUAAAGAAAUCUAUUCUACUCGUAAUGUCUUACCAGAAAGAAUUUAGAGAUUGAAACUAAUUGAUAUCAAUUUUCAAAUAAAAUACAUUCGAUAAAAAUAAUAAAAUAGAUUGAACUAAAUAAUCAACAGUUCUAUUGUUUCUCAAAAUAUUCCAAAAAACUAAUAAACUGAAAGAAGUUUCUCUAAUUAAUUGAAUCAUCUCAAUAUUGCUGAUUAAUAAAAUAUUUGUUUAAGUUGUGAAAAAUAUAUUUUUGAAAAGAAGGUAACUCUACAUUGUCAAAAUAAAUUAAAUCAUAAUUACCAUUCAAAUUGUUUAGCUAAUAUAAUGAAAUAGCAGUUGGCUAAUUAAUGUAUUAAAUUUUAAUGCUUAUGCAAGAGUUAAAUCAGUAAUGGAUAAAUCUCAAAAUAAAAAAUAUUAGAAUUAGAUAUCUACAUAAAUAGGUUAAUGUUAAAUUAGUUAUAUUAUCUAAAAACUCAUUACUAAAAUAUCAAAUAGUGUGCAAAUAAAGAUUGUUAAUUUUUUUGGAUUUAUAAAUAGUAACAAAAAUAAAUUAAAUCACGUUCUAACUCUCCAGUUAAAACUUAUAAAAUAACCUAUAUUAAUUAUUGUCCCGAUUGUAGAUUUUUAUGA